GGCGGAAGUUACACCCGAGACGCAAAACGGCGACACAAAUGCCCGUACUUGGCGACGACAAGGCACGACGACAUAUAAUCGAGUUUAAAACAUUCCAAAAUGUUCAAAGAGUUGGUGAAGGAGCGACUGAUGGCGGCAGCCGAUGAAAUAUUCGCACUGUUUGAAGGAACGAUAGCGUCCUACGAGGAGGAACUUUCUCGAACAAAAGAAAGGAACGAGCUACAACGACAACAACUGGAAGCUGUUUGCAAGACUCAAACUGUGACACAAGUUAAAGACAUCCAGCCGCUGAUUGUUUGUCAAGAUGGAUUGCCCCCUGAGCUGCAGAAGCAGAAGGAUCCACAGCCCCUGUACAUUAAAGAGGAGGAGGAGGACCUCUGGAUCACUCGUCUUCCAGCGCCGGAGGAAGAUAAUCUAGCGAAAUUGCCACUGGCUGGUGUCUCUGUGAAGUAUGAAGACCGUGACGACAAACCGCUUCAGUCCUCACCGCUUCAUCGCUGUCCAGGUAAGGAGAACAAACGGGCACAGUCUCCAAGCAGCAGCUCACCAAAAUACGCAACGACAGAAGAUGAUGGAGAUGACUUUGGAAGAUCACAAGAAGGCAACCUCUUCGCUCCACUCUCAGAUAGUGACAGCACAAUGUGUCACUCCGAUGAAGGCAGGUACGAUACCCAAAAACCUUUGAGCAGCGGUACAGACUGUGAAAGUCAUAUGAGGACUCCGACUGACAACCUACUGUCUGAAUGCUCUGAAAAACAGACACAUGCGAUUAUGGGGAACAUUCACAAGAGAACGCACACAGUAGAAAAGCCUUUUAUUUGUUCAUUCUGUGAUAAACGAUUCUCUCAACAAUCAACAAUGUUAAAUCACAUGAGAACACACACAGUAGAAAAAGCUUUUAUUUGUUCAUUUUGUGAUAAAAGAUUCUCUCAAAAAUCAACAAUGUUAAAUCACAUUCGAACGCACACAGGAGAAAAACCUUUCAGUUGUUUUGUUUGUGAUAAAAGAUUCUCUCAAAACUCAACAAUGUUAAAUCACAUGAGAACGCACACAGGAGAAAAGCCUUUUGUUUGUUCAUUAUGUGGCGAAAGCUUCCCUCAGAAAACAUAUUUGGUAUUGCAUAGGAGAACACACACAGGAGAAAAACCCUUUAGUUGUUCAGCUUGUGGUAAAAUAUUCUCUUAUAAGUCAAAUAUGGUAAAACACAUGAGAACACACACAGGAGAAAAACCUUUCAGUUGUUCAGUGUGCGAGAAAAGGUUCUCUGAUAAGUCAAAUAUGUUAAAACAUAUGAGAAAACACAAGACGAUUGCCUUUUAGUUGUUGCAGAAGAUUCUUUAAAAAGUCAAAUCUGGUGAAACACUAAAAAGCACAAAGCAGUGAAACACUUCGAAAUUGUACUUACUUCCUGUUUACCUCCAGGCAAGUAAAGGAUUCAAGGAACUGUAUUGUCAUACCAGCACAUAUGAGAUGGCAUGUAAUUUCCAGGCUACAAAGCACACCAAAAUAUAAGUCGCACUCACAUAAUUUUUGGACUAAUUUGAUUUUGCAGUUAUAUUGGUCGCACAAGUCUAUAAGGCGCAGAUGUACACAUUGAGACAUGAAAUAUUUACACAGGCGCUUUUGUUCAUUCAAUGUCUUCGUCCUCUUCCAGCCGUUAGGUGCCGGUUGUGCUGGAUUUUGUGCGGUUGCUUUUCCUUAUUCGAUGGCCGGGAUGUCGGGUUCAUCGUUUUGUGCAUUUCGUCGUUUCUUCUGCAUGAUGAGUGUGAUUGCAAAAUGGCUGACUAAAUAAGUGUGUUUGAUUCAAAGUGAACAAUUUAAUUGGUAACUGUGAUCCGUUUGGCAAUUUCAUUGGUCUAUAUUUUCAACUGUGGUGAGGUUAAAUUUAUCAGUUGCAUGUGAAGCUAGUCAACCCGGAAAAAAUCCAUAAAAUAUCUGCAACAUUGUAUAAAGUGCAAGAUUCAAAGCAUGGGCAAAGAGUAUUGGCUUGUACUCCGGAAAUUACAGAAUAUCAAUAUUUGUAUUUUCUCAAAAAUAUUUAGUUCACAAAUUCAAGGAAUGAUUCCCUGAAAACAGGAGGACCCCUAACUGUAUUUAACCAAUCAGCAUUUGACAGCACACCCUACCCCUGUGGAGGUUCCAGGAAGUUUUCAAAACUUUAACCGAGCUCGCGAGAACUCAGAAAAGUUCCUGAAGAACUAGUUUUGGGUAUAAACACAGGGGGAUCUUUAUUUCCCUGGGUAAAUGGGUAAGUUCCUGUAAAAGUUCCUGUGGUGGAAAAGGGCAUUUUGAGGGCAAAACCAAAAUGAUUUAAUUUAGUAGGUUGUUUAGUUAUUGUAUACCAAUGAUUUCGUUUUGCUCAAAAACUGUUUGUAAUAUAAGAGUAAAUAACUGGUAGUUUAAAUAUUCUGUUGAUAUUAUUUAACUGUUAAUAGCACUCAUCUUAAGCAAACUGAAAAAAUGGACAGUUAAUACAUUAUUUGGUAUCGACUAAUCUCACUCAAACAUCGGUAUAGGGAUCGGCAGCAUAAAACCCUGAUAAGAACACCUCUAAAAUGUAUUACCCAAGAUCCCAGAUUUAGCUCAAAAAGUACCACAUUGAACAACAUAUUCCUGUUAAAGUUAAAAAGUACCAAUGAUUGUCACACACACAAACACUAGGUGUGGCGAAAUUAUUCUCUGCAUUUGACCCAUCACCCUUGAUCACCCCUUGGGAGGUGAGGGGAGCAGUGGGCAGCAGUAGUGGCUGCGCCCGGGAAUCAUUUUUGGUGAUUUAACCCCCAAUUCCAACCUUUGAUGCUGACUACCAAGCAGGGAGGUAAUGGCUCCCAUUUGUAUAGUCUUUGGUAUGACUCGGCCGGGGUUUGAACUCACAACCUACCGAUCUCAGGGCGGACACUCUAACCACUAGGCCACUGAGUAGGCCUGUGCCUAAUUACCCGUAAUUACUUACUGUCCAUGUUGCCUUUUGGCAAGCAGGGCAACUAAGAAGAUUCUCCACUUCGGUUGAUUCAGAUUUCCAGACACCUUACUUCAUUUUUGUCUUGGUUUUAUAUUGCUGAGACUUCCAUAUGUUAAUUAACAUUCUACAUGCAUUUCAGGCUUUGUUGAGUCUGUCUUUGAAAUUGAUGUGUGCACCAAGUCAUAUGUUACAGUACUCCCAAGAUAGGUGGACUCAUUUAUUGUUGUUGGGCUACUUUAUACAGAUGAUUUGUUUAUGGAUCUGAAAUAUUAAGGGUCGUAAUUCCCGUUCACUUUGUGUUAAAACAUCAGUUUGAGCAACUUAAAGGGGAACAUUAUCACCAGACCUAUGUAAGCGUCAAUAUAUACCUUGAUGUUGCAGAAAAAAGACCAUAUAUUUUUUUAACCGAUUUCCGAACUCUAAAUGGGUGAAUUUUGGCGAAUUAAACGCCUUUCUAUUAUUCGCUCUCGAGCGAUGACAUCGGGAAGCAAUCCGCCAUUUUCUCAAACACAUUACAAACACCGAGUCAAAUCAGCUCUGUUAUUUUCCGUUUUUUCGACUGUUUUCCGUACCUUGGAGACAUCAUGCCUCGUCGGUGUGUUGUCGGAGGGUGUAACAACACGAACAGGGACGGAUUCAAGUUGCACCAGUGGCCCAAAGAUGCGAAAGUGGCAAGAAAUUGGACGUUUGUUCCGCACACUUUACCGACGAAAGCUAUGCUACGACAGAGAUGGCAAGAAUGUGUGGAUAUCUUGCGACAUUCAAAGCAGAUGCAUUUCCAACUGGACUGGACAGAUCAGCUUUCAGGAAAAGAGAGCGGAUGAGGGUAUGUCUACAGAAUAUAUUAAUUGAUGAAAAUUGGGCUGUCUGCACUCUCAAAGUGCAUGUUGUUGCCAAAUGUAUUUCAUAUGCUGUAAACCUAGUUCAUAAUUGUUAGUUUCCUUUAAUGCCAAACAAACACAUACCAAUCGUUGGUUAGAAGGCGAUCGCCGAAUUCGUCCUCGCUUUCUCCCGUGUCGCUGGCUGUCGUGUCGUUUUCGUCGGUUUCGCUUGCAUACGGUUCAAACCGAUAUGGCUCAAUAGCUUCAGUUUCUUCUUCCAUUUCGUUUUCGCUACCUGCCUCCACACUACAACCAUCCGUUUCAAUACAUGCGUAAUCUGUUGAAUCGCUUAAGCCGCUGAAAUCCGAGUCUGAAUCCGAGUUAAUGUCGCUAUACCUUGCUGUUCUAUGCGCCAUGUUUGUUUGUAUUGGCAUCACUGUGUGACGUCACAAGAAAAUGGACGGGUUUAUAUAACAAUGGUUAAAAUCAGACACUUUGAAGCUUUUUUUAGGGAUAUCGCGUGAUGGGUAAAAUUUUGAAAAAAACUUUAAAAAAUAAAAUAAGCCACUGGGAACUGAUUUUUAAUGGUUUUAACCCUUCUGAAAUUGUGAUAAUGUUCCCCUUUCGAGUUUUUCUCGAGCGUGUCUGUAUUUGUGCUGUCCGUCUGUGGUAUAGCAGUACUUUAUAUGGCGGUAGUGAUAGGUGGCCUGAGGAUAUGAAGUAUGGCCAAGUUAAAAUGGCAAGGACAUAAUCAAAAAAUUUGAAAAUAAUCAAAUGAUUCCAAAGUCAACAGUGAAUCAAAAACACAAAAUAUCACUGUGAAAGUGGAAAGAUUAUGAUCUGAGAACAGCAAAGUCCAACCUGGCCUGUGGCGUCAAAGCAGCAGCACAACAAAAGAUAGCCCACCACUUCAAGGAUAGCAGAAACAAGUUCAGGUCGGCAGCAACACAACCAGCACCAUGACAAUGAACAUCGGGGUCCUCCAAGGAUCUGUUUUUAACCCCCUGCCCUUCUUGAAUUCUCCUCUUACUCUUUCAUUGACCUUUUAUUCUUGCACAUUUGGCAAUGUUUGUUUGUUUAUUUCAGGUUAAAUUGUACAUAUUCAUGCUACUAUUUACAUUUUAAAUAUACUUUUUAUUUGUAUGCAUUGUUUGUACCUUGGAAAGGGGGAAAAGGAAACAUUAUUUUGAUGCUCUGGACAUAAGGUGAAUUAGCAAUAAAGACUCUUGAAUCUUGAAUAAAAAUACCAGGAAUGGAA